UCCGCGCGUGCGCCGGCGAUAGCCUGACUGUACGAUGGCGGCGGAAUCCGCAUAUCUGCGAUCGUAACAGCAAAUGACAGUUUGCCGGGUGCCUUUUUGUAGGCCACGGCAGAGUGCAGCAGCAGGCGAUGCUUUGUCAUCGCGAUAUUGUGGCAGUCGCAUUGUCACGUGCCGCGGCAGCACGUGUCAGAACGGCGAGAGAAAGAAAUCUUCAUUGUCGCUCAGUGGAUUAACGAGAUCUAUCGCCCCCAUCUCUGGUGCCGCGCCUCGGCGCGGGACUGCAUCUUCGACUGUGGAGUCCUGUGGACACGCCGGCCACUGGCCUCGCUGCACGAAAAGUACACAGACAGCGCGAGCACGUUUUCGCCCGCGGAGUCGACGAAGUGCGAGUUCGCGACAGCGACGACGACGACGACGACGAGGACCACGCGCAAGCCACCUGUUCUUUUUCGCGCAGCUCGCGGCGAGCUUUCCGAAUCUCGAGCCUGAAAUCGUAUUCUUGUGCUGGACGACGUCUGUGCCUGCGGUGAGGAAAAAGUCGCGAGGAAAACCACAUGGCUCGUCCCUUGUUUUACUUUCCGUCCGACGACAGUGCGCUCUGCAAUUUCCAAGAGGAACGGGCGAACGAGCUCGAUGCGCCGGGAGAUCUGACGAGAAAGGCGCACUUCGCCAAGCGACGUCUUUCGUCACUGGAGGGCUGCGAAAAGUGGCGCUCCCACUUUUUCGACCCGCGAGACUUCAACGAGCAGCUCAUGAGGGCAGUGUGCAGAAAAACUCCUUCACAAGAAGAAAAAGCAAUCUCCAAGCUAAACAGCCUCUUCAACCACGUCCAGCGGCAGUUCCAGGCAAAGCUGUCGUUAGUGCCAAAUGGACUGCAGCCAUUGCACUCUGCCAUCGGUGGAGCUGGGUUGGAAGUACUUCUACGGUGCACCUGGACGCAGACUACACUCUGUCACCUAGUCAGGCACCUGGAGGAGAUCAACGCCGUCCUCUGGUUGUUGGACUUUGAAGUGACAGAAGUCAUGUCAGGCAAGCAUGCCAUACGCAGGGUCGGAGACUUCGAGUUUCAGAAGACGCACAAAGACGAUAUGGUAUUCGCAUAUGCAGCCAUGACCUUGCUGCUUCUCCUGCACAUACACAGGUGCAUCGAGCGCUUUGAGGUCGUCGACCUGUUCGCGGCCGAGACCGAUUUCGACCGGAUGCUUUGCGCGAACAUCGGAGCGAGUGAUUCGCUAACCUGCCUUCGCAUGAGCCGAUGCGAACUUAGCGAGUCUGCUUCUCUCAUGCUCGGCAAAGCUGUCGGCCAUUUGCUGUCGGCAAACCUCCGUGAGCUCUCGCUGGACUUGCUGGCGCUGUCUGGUGAGAAGGACGUGUGGCUGAAGCCGCUGGCAGAAGGCGUGGCCCGUGCGCGGAACCUUUCCAGGCUCAGGAUUACGGAUCUCUACGUAAACAUGGACUACGGGAAGUCGAGGCUGGACGCCGGUAAAGCGCUGCUGGGAGCCCUGGAAGCAAACGCGACCAUCGCCUGCCUCAUUGCAGACUGCAGGUUAAUCUCGCUCGGACACGGCCCUCGCUUCAAAGACUGGCUGACCCGGGCCUCGGCGCUGAAGGAGCUGAGCCUAUGCUGCAGCCAAUGCAGGCGCAAACACGAUGCCAGCCUCGUGUUCGAGGCGCUGCCGGCGACCGUCGCCAUCGCCCGCUUGGACUUGCAGGGGUUCACUCUGCGCCCCACUGACGCGGCGUCGCUCACCCAACUGGUCGCCGGCAGCGACAGCCUGGAGGACGCGAGCUUCGCCUUCGGCGGACGGGCUCACCGACAGAGCGAAAUGUACAGCCCCAAGGUGUUGCAGUUCGAGCAAUCGGCGAGCACCUGGGUAGUGGACGCUUUGGUGGAGGCCCUAAGCAGGACAACAUCCUUACGACGGCUGGCCGUGAUGGGUGGCUUCUCUACCAGCGAUGCACGGCGCCUCCUGCAAGCAGCCCACGACUGCCCCUCGCUUGAAGAGCUAACCUACGAGAUAUUCACAUUCGGCCGAACGCAUUUCAACCGCGGAAAGGUCUUGUUGCCGCGGGCUGCACACGUCGUCACAGUCGGGAGGUGCGAGCCCCGCGCGGAGCACAUGAAGCCCCUGGUGGAAAUGUGGAACGAGCUGUCGGCCGAGACAGCGCUGCAUCCGCUCGGCCUGCUGCACAGCAGCAGCCUCGACGUGUGCCUGGCGCUGACUGAAGACUGCGCCGACCACGCGGUGGCGCUCUCGCUGGAUCUCCAGGGGGGCGUGACACCGCAGCUCGCGCGCCUCUUGGCCGCCUACCUGGCCUCGACGCGAAGCCUGCGAAUGCUCAGCGUCAUCAUGUCCUGCUGGGACCAUCUCGAACACACCAUUGUCGAGGGCCUCUUCCAGAACAGCAGCAUCGAGGAACUCCAUCUCGAGAACUUCGCCUUGGACGACCGAGACGCGGCCGCAUUGGGCCGCUGGCUGAGUGGCAACCGGCGACUGCACACCCUGUCCGUCAGCCUGGAGGUCCGCAAGUACGGCACCAGGGUGGUUCCUCCGGGCGUCGGGACGCUGCUCUCGUCGCUGGCCGCGUCGAUGGAGGACAACUACGCGCUCACGUGCGUCCACGUGGACGGCCAUUGGGCGCACAUGCCAGCGUGGUGCCUCAUCGCAAACACGAUCCGGAGGAACUCUGGCCUCCUGCACAACGCCGCUGCGUUUGUCCUCGGAAGCGAGCUGAGGCGUGCAGCCAUUGGCUUUGAGCUCGUCCACUGGCACCCACUGCUGGCGGACAUUGUGCAGCGCGCUGGUUCCCUGAGUCAAGAGGAGGCCGAGAUAAAAAUCAGGGAAAGCGUUCAACGAAUUUGUCACGAAUUCUGGCGUCUUGUCGGCAUCGUAAGGCAGGAGAAGGUGGUCAGCAACAAAGCAGCGACAAUGAGCAGCGCCCAAGACCUGAACGCCGAGCAGCUUCAGCUUGGUCGACUCGGUGACGAAGUGCUCGGGCGCAUUCGCUCUUUCCUCAAGAUCGGUGACGUGGUGGAUACAAGGACGGAGGACUUGACGAAAAUGUUGACCCCCGAGGAAAUAACCGCGGGCAUCGUUAAAGCAGCUACCUCUGUUCUUUCUACGAGGACCCAUAAAUAGUCCCACAAUCCAUUGCGCAGUUUGCCACUCCGAUCCAACGUGGCUUAUAGGCGGAGCAGCGUACUAGGUGAAAACAAGUGUCUCGUAUUGCUGGAAAGGGGAGAGCUGUUACUCGUUUAGCUUUUCUGUCACCCACAGUUCUACUUACCAAAAAAUAAAGGUAUAUAUG